UGCCGUGUCAGAAAGCGUGCAUCAUCUCCGGCUAGGUCCACGAAUAUGGCAGUGACUUCAGGUCCCUCCCAUCAGCCUGCAAGGUCACCCCCAGAUCUCAGUCCGACAGACGGCCUUUGUGAGCAAUUGACACCGCAAACGUGCAGCCGACGAAGAAUCACCAGGAACUGUGUGAUGCUAUCAGCACUGACCAAAUUCCUUCCGGAAUGAUUCCAGCACCUUGCUGAACCCAUGGCUGUUCCAAGGUCGAAAGGGGGUCCUACCCGGUACCAGAGAGGUAACCAAAUAAAUUGGCGGAUUUCUCCUGUGAAGCAUGACAGCCACUGGACUUUACAUUUAUCUUAUUGCUGGCCUUUCUCUAUGGCUGGUCACUGAAGAGCAGGUGGUACCCGAUAAAACGAGCUCAGCCGACGUAUGUCAAUCCAUCAAAGGCCAUAAAUCCUGCCUUCCGCACUGCGAACAACGGCAAGGGCCAAUGACUGAUUCAGCCGGAAAUUGUACACCUGUCACAGGGAAUCACUUCUGCUUUCCUUACUGUGAUGAACAAAAAGUUGGUUGCCAACAGCAAGAUACUUGCAAAUCUGUAAUUCAAAAUAGCUGCCUAAAAGAGGGGUGCGAACUGUGUGAGAAUGCAAGAAAGGACAGCAAUGAAACAAAAUGCACCAAAAAACUGACUCCUGAUUGCAUUAAAGAUUUCCUGGUGGAGGUGACCACAGGUUCCUUCACCGUGGACGAGGGCGCCAGCCUAAACCUGACCUGCAGCUACAACCUGUCCUCCCAGACCAACGAGUCCGUGAAGUUCGCCUGGUUCCGGAACGGCGAACUGCUGAAAAACGCUCUCGGCCAGUUCCUGUUCCUGCCCAAGCUCUUCAGGAAAGACGAAGCGGCGUUCUUCUGCGGCGUGCUGAGUGACUGCGGGUUCUUCUUCUCGGAAAGGAAGCUCGUCGUCGUUAAAGACAGCGGCGCGCUCAUCAUCAUCGUCUGUGGCGUGGCCGCGGUGGUCAUUCUGCUGCUGCUGGCUUUGGGGAUGAAGGUGAUGGUGAAGAGGGAGAUGGAGCAGAACAGGAGCAGGAGGGAACCGGACACCCACACGGAAGAGAACAUCUACGACCCCGUCACCCUGGACUCCAUCACCUCGGCCUCCUGAUUUUGGGACAGGAACAGAGGACACCAAAGCUUCCCAUCAUCCAGACCGAUUCUACUCUAAGUUCCCUUUCUUAUCCUCAGUUCCUGUUACUGCAUAAGUGGCUUGUGAAUUUGUGCAGAUGUCUAUCCCUGUAGCUCUGACUCACUGUAUUUUGGUAGGGCUUUGGUUUUGUGGUAAUAGAGAAACCCAGCUGUGAAUAAAAUCUCUUCCAAUCUC